CCACUAUCUGAAUGUCCCUGCCAUAGAGGAUUGUGGGAAACCAUGUGGUCCCAUCCUGUGCUCCAUCAAUACGGACAAGAAGGAGUGGGCCAAGUGGACCAAGGAGGAGCUGAUAGGCCAGCUCAAGCCUAUGUUCCAUGGCAUCAAGUGGACCUGCAGCAAUGGAAACAGCAGUUCUGGCUUUUCGGUGGAGCAGCUGGUGCAGCAGAUUCUGGACAGUCACCAGACAAAGCCCCCUCCCCGCACUCACAACUGCCUGUGCACAGGAACCCUGGGAGCAGGCAGCAGUGUGCACCACAAGUGCAACAGCUCCAAACACCGGAUCAUCUCCCCAAAAGUGGACCCCCGCUCCGGGGCCUACAGUGCCCACUCUGAGGUGCAGAACAAUGAUGUGUCUGAGGGCAAAACUGAGCACAGCUCCCAUGGGGGAGGCAAAGGCUCUGGAGCAGGAGGAGGGGGCAGCACAAGAGAGAAACGCAAUGGAAAAGUCCAUAAGCCCGUCCUGCUGCACCAGAACAGCACAGAGGUGUCGUCCACCAACCAGGUGGAGGUCCCUGACACCACCCAGAACUCCCCCGUGUCCAUCAGCAGCGGUCUGAACAGCGACCCUGACCUGGCAGACAGUCCUGUGGUCACAGGCAUGGGUCAUGUGGCCUCUGUCAUGUCCAGUCUGUCUCAGAGCGUAUUCAUGUCGGAGGUGACCGGAGACCCUGUGUACAGCAUGUCUCCCACUGGGGGCCCUAACUCCCAUUUGAUGGGCCCCGAUGGCACCUCCCAGGGCCUGGUGCAUAAGUUUGCUUUUCCCGGGGGAGGGGUGGGGGAGCCCGGCUCUUCAGCGGGAGACCUCUCCAUGUUGUCCUCCGCGGGGGUCUCAGAGGAGCUGGUACUGUCCAGUAGUUUGGACACUGGUGGCCUCAAAAUCCCAGAGACUAAUAUGAACUUUGACCCUGAUUGCUUUCUUAACAACCCCAAACAGGGUCAGACCUAUGGGGGCAGUGCUUUAAAGACUGAGGGGAACUCUUCCGCCAACUCCUCCUCCAACGGCAAUGGUAACACUAAUGGUCUACAGCAGUCCCCUUCUCUGUCUGAUAACAGCUACAGCUACAACUCAGCUCUGGUCAAAAACAUCAAGACAGAGGACACAUCCUUUGAGCAGCAGCUGGCUAAGGAGAGUGGUUACCAGGUGGGGGCAGUAGUGAAUUGUGGCAGUGGGGUGUCUUCAGGAGCUGGCUCAGGCCAGACUGGCCUCGGUCUGACCCCAGCUGGUUCUCUGCUGCCCUCUGGUGGAGGUCUGAGCCCCAGCACUACUCUGGAACAGAUGGACUUCAGUGCCAUUGAUGCUAAGCAGGAAUACAGUUCCACUGCAACAGCAGUCAGCUAUGGUCAGUCCAUGACCAGCCCCCACAUGCAGCACCAGAACCAAUCACCCAGCUUCUUCCUCCAGGACACCUCUCAGAACAGUCAUGCCCAACAAGGCCGCCCCAGCCUGGGCCAGAAAACUCACCUGAUGGAGCACAACCACGACUCUGGGGCCUACAUGGGCCUCCAGGUGAAGAGCGACUCUCCCGGUAACAACAGUCACCUCCACCACCACCACCAGGGGCAGCACAGAGCUAAUUGUAACGGAGGCUCUCCCACAGAGGGACCCCAGAGUGGCUCGUUGCAGCUGCUGCAGUAUCAGGGCUCUUUCCCUGGUUUAGGCUCUGAGCAUGAAGAGGUGGUGGGUUUAGAACAGCAGAAUAAUGUCAACUCUGCUCAGAGUGGGGCUUCCGAAAAUGGCACUGACAGUUUGUUGAAAGCGGGGGAUCACAUCCAGGCCUGUGGGGCAGGAAACGGGGACGGAGGAGUGUCUGAGCACUAUUUGCAGCAGGCCUCAGAUGGUUCUGGAGGAGCAGAGAACAUUCAUAAUGGAAACACCAACAGUGACGGAAGUGGUCGCUCACAACAGCAGCUGCAGCCUCUGCUUCAGGGUUCAGCCAUGGUCCAAGGUCUGUACAACCACCAAAGCCUGACUGCCUCAAGUAAUGGGGCAGCGGGAGGGCCUGGCAUGGAGAUCAACCUGGAUCACUUUGACAUCUCUUUUGGGAAUCAGUUCUCUGACCUCAUCAAUGACUUUAUCUCAGUGGAUGGUAGUGGGACAGCUAUGGCGGGGGGCGGGGCUCUGUACACUCACCAGCUUGUGACCUCACAAUGCUCAGAGACUCAGAACACAACCAACGGAGCGCCCCCUCAAGGCCAGGAGGAUGGAGAAGCCCGAGGCACCGGGUACAGCCCGUCAGACCUCUGCCUUCAGCCCUGCUGCAGUCCCCAGUCUCUGAGUGGGGCGACUGGAGGGGGAGGCUCUGCUGGAGAGCCAGGUUCACUGUCCUACAUGAAUGUAGCAGAAGUGGUGAAUGCUGCUGUGGCCCAGGGAACUCUGGGAAUGCUCCAGGCCACCGGACGCCUAUUCAUGGUCACUGACUACUCCCCAGAGUGGUCCUAUCCUGAGGGUGGGGUAAAGGUGCUCAUCACUGGACCCUGGCAGGAGGCCAGCUCAAACUACAGCUGCCUGUUUGACCAGAUCUCAGUUCCUGCCUCUCUCAUCCAGCCAGGAGUCCUGCGCUGCUACUGCCCAGCUCACGACACAGGACUGGUGACACUACAGGUGGCUGUUAGUAACCAGAUCAUCUCCAACUCUGUGGUGUUUGAAUACAAGGCCCGUGCACUGCCAUCACUGCCAUCCUCCCAGCACGACUGGCUCUCUCUGGACGAUAACCAGUUCAGAAUGUCUAUCCUGGAGCGCUUGGAGCAGAUGGAGAGGAGGAUGGCUGAGAUGGCCAGUCACCAGCAGCAGAGCGGCACGGGGAGUGGGGGCACGGGAGGAGGCACAGGGGGCUCAAGCGGAGGAGCUGGGACUGGAGGAGGCAACAGUAGCCAGGCUCAGUGUGUAACUAGCCCAACCCAGCCCAGCAGUUCCUUUGAAAGCCGUGUGGUGGUGGUCUGUGAGAAGAUGAUGAGCAGAGCCUGUUGGGCUAAAUCCAAACAUUUAAUCCACUCCAAGACAUUCAGGGGCAUGACCCUUCUGCACCUGGCGGCCGGCCAGGGCUACGCCACCCUCAUUCAGACUCUCAUCAAGUGGAGGACCAAACAUGCAGACAGUAUUGAUCUAGAGCUAGAGGUGGACCCCCUUAAUGUGGACCACUUCUCCUGCACACCACUGAUGUGGGCCUGUGCUCUGGGCCACCUGGAGGCAGCUGUGGUCUUGUAUAAAUGGGACAGACGAGCCCUAGCCAUCCCUGAUUCUCUGGGUCGCCUGCCCCUGUCGAUCGCCCGCUCUCGGGGCCACACUAAAUUAGCUGAGUGUCUAGAGCAGCUGCAGAGAGAGGAGCAGCAGCCGGCUGCUCCUCUGCCCCCAAACCGCGUGUCCUUCUCCCAGGCCUCUGACCCCCCCACCUCAGGCAGCUGGAUGGCUAACUGGCCAAAUGACAGUGUCACCACACACACCAGCAAGAAGGGAGGAGCUGCUACCACUACUACCACUGCAGCCAACACCAGCCUCAAUCCAGACUUGAGAAGGCCACGGUCAGAGCCAUCCAGCUACUACAGCAGUACAGAGGCCCAGAAAGACCUGCCUCAGGCUAAAAAACACAAACCAAACCCUGAACUGUUCCAAGGCCGACCAGACAAGGCCAUGUCUGUCCCUCUGAGUCUGGAGCAACAGCAGCUCCACAAGCUCUCAUCCAGCCCCAAGAGCCUCCCCUCAGACGGGCUGAGCUCAGACAAGAGUCUGUCAGCAGGAAGCGGUCGAUGGAGCUCGAGAGAGGCCUUCUCUAGUGGAGUGGGCAGGAAGGGCCAGGGGCCAGGGCCAGGCAGCAGUGUGGGCAAGGAGAAACUGGCGAGCCGCCUGCGCCAGCGCGAGCAGCUUGGCAUGUUGGUCAUGGCUGACAAAGAGAUGGCUGAUGCAGAACUUCUGUCAUACAGAGAGGACCUGGAAAACCAGGACUGUCUCACACAAAUGGACGACCUGCAGGUAAACAUGAUGACUCUGGCAGAGCAGAUCAUUGAAGCCACUCCAGAGAGAAUAAAGAGGGAGACCUUCAGCUCCUCCGACUCUGCGCCCUUGGACUCAUCAGGAGUCACCAACACCAUGAACUGGCUUGCCAAUUAUCUGGGGGAUGUGGAGCAGCUCCCAAGCAUCAUACACCUAAGAAACCUGUACAACGAGCCCCUGACCCCCACAUCUAACCCCAGCCACAGUCCCGGAAGCUCUCCUGUGCGGGAGGGCCCCCUGGAGAAGUCCACACUGCCAUCGCCGGCCGACUGGAGCGAGUUCAUCAGUGCCUCCAACAGUAAAGUGGAGCGUGAGCUGGCCCAGCUGACUCUGUCUGACCCCGAGCAGAGAGAGCUCUACGAGGCCGCGCGGCUCGUCCAAACUGCCUUCCGCAAGUACAAGGGGCGGCCCCUGCGAGAACAACAGGAAGUAGCUGCUGCCGUAAUUCAGCGUUGUUACAAGAAGUACAAACAGUAUGCACUUUAUAAGAAGAUGACGCAGGCCGCCAUCCUUAUCCAGAGUAAAUUCCGCAGCUACAAUGAACAAAAGAAGUUCCAGCAGAGCAGGAGGGCUGCAGUGCUCAUUCAGCAAUACUACCGCAGCUACAAGGAGUGUGGUCGACUCAAGCCCCACCACCGCGGAGCUGCUGCCCUGGUGCAGCACAAGCUCAGAGGCAGUCUACUUACUAAGAGGCAGGAUCAGGCUGCCAGGAAGAUCAUGAGGUUUCUGCGCCGCUGCCGUCACAGGGUGAAAGAAUUGAAAAGGGCCAGGGAACAUGAGACACCUCCGAAGAGCCCCCUCGCAAUGUGACAUCCUUCUCCUGACUUUAUUUUUGUUCGUACCCAAGACAUUUUACAAAGGGAAAAUUGGGUGUUGGGGCAGCGAUUCAUAAACUUAUUAAGGGUUUCAAAUAAUAUCACGUGUACAACAGCAUUUUUUCACAUCCGGACGGAGAACGGCGACUCUACGGGACUCUAAACUCCAAGGGUUAAUGUGUGGGGUGCUGGACAUUUGCUUUGCUGCAUUUUUUGCACUUUUUGUCAUGGAUUUUAUUUAUUUUUAUUUAAAUUUUUUUACUUUUUUUUUUGGGAAAUGACAUUGGAAGCAAACAUGGUGUGAAGAUUAGACUGAGAAGAGAAGAUCUCAGAGGAUAGGGACAAAGACACUCUGGGCUCCAAUUCAUCAUUUUUUUGGAUUAUUUUCAAAAACCAAAAUGUAUUGAUCAACCGCACCUUCGUAUCCACCGCUGUAGAUAAUCUUAGUUGAGCUUCUCAUCCUUCCCCAGCCGCCUGCCCACGCUCGGGUAGAGCUACGAUUGAAUGUAGUCGGGGUUCACCACACAAAAAAUGGGGAGAUGAAAUAUUUAGUUUGGUCAUUUUUUUGUCCCAAAAUAUCAGUGUCCCUCGAUUACUUGAAUUAGUUCCACACUGUCCACUGUACCUGUUACAUCGUUGUAUUAGUGAGCUGUAUCUCCAGACUAUAUGUGGUUAAAUACUUCCCAGAAAAAUGCAUGACUUCUUGGGGAGAAAUUGUCUGCUUGUGUGCUUAUGGUCUAGUCUUUCAGCCUAUCCUCUGACUUCAUUUUGGAUUUCCAGUUUAGUGGUCACUCAUUGGAUAUUGCUCUUCUCAAACCCAGAUAAAAACUUGCCUAUUUUUUGUGUUGUAAGGUCAUGCGAAUUUUAAGUGUUGUUUUUACAUGAACUUGGGGGUCCGCUUGAGACCCUUAAGGGGGAGAUCACAUACAUUGCCUUGACGUCUUAGAGAUUCUUUGAGGGGUCCCUAAGCUUGUCCCAAACUAGGGGUUUGACAAAUCCAUAUUUUUGACAAUUGAGCGAUUUCUGUAUAUAAAGAAGGCUGAAAGUAAGUAGAAAAAAAACAUUUACCCAAAGGGGAUUGUAUUUUAGAAAUAUAUUAUUUUAUUCAUUAAAAAAGGGGUCAAAAACUGGUACGUGACAAAAACAAAAUAUUUGUAUAGUUUUGUUUGAAUGCCUCAGAAGUAUGGUUGUAUUGUUUGUAUAUAGUGUAAAUAUCUGGGAUCUAAAUGAGCUAUGUGCAUGAGAAGUACACAACAGAGUUAAAGGGAAAAAACAACAAAAGCAGUAGUGGCUAUGCUCUGUAAAAUGAAAAGUAUUUCACUAUUAGAGUAUUUUAUUUUAUUUGGAUUGUUCUUGAGGAGAACAGUUUUGCUAAAGCAUGAUAUUAUUGCAAUAUGAAAAAAUGAAAAAUACAGUAUUUAGAGUUAGGAAAAGUCUGCAGAUUAUCUUAAAACAACUUCUGUUUACAUUUUUUAUUUAUAUUUAUUUUAUUUUGGGCUACCAAGAAUCUUUUGCCAAUGGUGCCAAGUGAAUGCUAACUAGCUUAAGAGUUAAGUUAUUUUUGCAGAACAGAUAAUCAUCAGUGAAGUCCACACUAGCACUCCAAGCCGUAGGAUCACAAGAACAAAAGGAACACAGACUGCGUAGAAAAUCCCAUUUAGCCAUCAAAUGUCAUCACAUGAUCAUAGAAACGUAAGCAUUUAUUUUGAAAACCUCUGAGCUUUUAAUGUUGCGGUCAUUUCAAAUGGAAUGUCAUUUGUUACUGUGGUUUGAUCUUAAAGAUUGUAAAGGCAGCCUUGCCCAUGGUGACACCACCAGCCCUCUCAUUGUCUCAUCAAAGACACUUUGUGUCAGUAUCACUAUAGUUAUUCUGCCAUAAACCUAGUAUUCAAAUGUGUGUUAUGAAAAUAUCCCUGUUCAAGGCUGCCAAACCUGAAUAUGCUAUGUAUUCAAUGUACAGACCUACAUUAAGACCAUGUGUAGCAUAAUGUACAUGGGGAUGAUCACAGAGCAGCUCCAAUGUUAUUGAAUGCCCUGGUGCCAUGUUAAGUGAAGGCUGUUUAUGAACUGUAACUCACUAGAGCUGCUGAUUUGGUGCCUGUCGGCUGCUGCAUUAUUCAUGUAAUAUCUGUAGCAGAGCUACCAGGAAGUGUAUUCUGUAUCCAACUGACACCAUUGGAUUAUUCAGACAAGUGCCACUGCAAACCUGCGUUUGUUCAUUGAUAUUGUACCAUGUGAUUUGGUCCACAAAGGUUCUCCCUGCGUGUUAUGUAGAAAGUGCCUCUUCAUAUGUGCAUCACCUGAGUUUGUAACUAAAGCUAAUCCUCACAUCCACUCAAACCCAGCACCGCUGCAACUGUCCACAGGCUUCCCUUUGUUUGCUUUACGUCUGUUCCUCUGUUUCCAAUGCCUUUUCAAGUCACACUACAAAUGCCACUACUGGGGUUUGUUGGGGCAUUCUUCCUCAGUGCUGUGGUCAGAAUGCAUAGCCAAUGCAAUGUGGUGGCAAAGGAGAAGGAUCUAUUAUGCUUGCAUGGGUAAAAUAGUUAACUUGGUGACUUUGGUGCACCUAAAGCAUGCUUAUUUUCCUAGAAUCGGUAGUCGGAUAGACUUGUAAAAGACGCUGCUUUGACGUGUGUCACAGAACUCUGAAAGACAGAGAGCGUGUGACUGCAGAAUACAGUGAGCACCACUCAGAGACAGGAUUCACUUUAAACAAACUUUGAACUUUUCUUUUUAACUUUUCCUUUAUCAUUUAGAUGUAGACCAUUCCAGGCUUGGGCUAGAGCGAGAGUAGAGACCAGUGAGAGAGACACAGUAAAUUAGACACAACCGCAUAUGCACAAGGACAGGUACGCACACUCACACACUACACAAACACACAUGCACACACAAUUACACAGACACACACAUACACACACAGACACGAAGCACACUCUCUCUGUAUUUUACUCAGGCGUCCAAAAUGGGGAGGAGGAAAAAGAGCAGAACAAGCUCUGUUCAAACAUCAAUUCUACUCAAACUUCUGGGCUAAAUUGUAAUAUUUUACAUCCAAAUGAAAGAACCGGGGCGUAAUCUGAUUUCCUCUUUGCGCCGGAGAGCAUUACACACACCAGUGGAGCCUAACGUGCCAUUAUAUAUUGCUCAUUAAUAUAAAUGAUUUGACAUUCUUUCACAGUUGCCCAUUCAAUCAGGGUACAAGUCUCUGGCGGUUAUUUGGGCCUUUAAUUUAUCUUUGACAAAGUACAGAGGGAGCCCCGAUCCAGAGCGCACUUAUCUGAAAGUUCACCUGCAAAUCUUAUUUUUACUGCCACUACUGAAUGAGAUGACAGGUUAGCUUAGGGGCACGUCCUAUUCUCUUGUGAUACGGCCACUCCUCCUCUUCCUUUGACCCUCUCAAAGCUCCCCACAGGUAGCCACAGCCGGACUAACAGUCGUUCAACAUGUACCACUCGCACACCAAGCAAUAAAGAACUAUUUGUGGAGACCUCUAGACCUAGUGACAAAUGAUUGGAUAUAUGUAGUCGACUUUCUCUUAUGCAAAUGCCAGUAUUGCAAGACAAGCAUUCAGUAGUUUUAUGGACAGCAAUCUUAUGGCACCCUUUACCGAAACUGCACGUUUUCAUCAAUUCCGAAAACCGUAAAAGAAAAGCAGGCCCUGCUUUGAUAGGAAGUCUUGGGUCCUCGACACUUUGCAUGUGAACUAGCGUUAGAUCUGUUUUCCGCUCCUAUAGUUGUCUAUCUCUGUCUUUCUCUGUUAUGUGACCUCAUUUAUUUUACAAGCCCCGCCCCCUCUCCUUAAAAUACUUUCAUCUUCUCUGGGUUCUCCUAACGUGUUAUACUUUUGUCCCUUUUUCUUCCUGUUCUCUUCUUUGUAAGUUUUAUUUUUGUAAUUGUGCAUGUACAAGCGUCACUGACUCGAUGGAAAUGUUUAAAAUAAAAAAGAGAUUUCAGCUGCUGAAGCCAUGCAAAACAUUUUGA